AUGGCUUCACAAAGGAAAAGGUGGGUUUCGGAGGAUCGAUCGGGCAGUUCGAUCAGUGGCUCUCGCAGCUGGGGGAAGAACGCCCGUUCGGGGAGCCGUGCAGACGAGAAUGCGGGGGCACACGUGGACACCGCAGCCAAGAAAUUGCAACAGCCGCAGUCGGAUCAGGAAAUUGAAACGUCCUCAAUGAGUCUUACCUAUGUUCACAGACGCAGCGUAGAGGGCAUUGUAUCCAGGCGCAUCGCGGCUUGGCUCAGUGUCCAGGUGCACUUCAAGAUCAACGCCAGGUUGGCGUUUUCAGAUGCCGUGCCGUUCCUGUUCGUGAUUGGAGGGAGUCAUGGAGAAGUAGACCACAGAAACAGGCCCUUCGGCCCAUCUAAAUCCACCUGGGCAGGGUAUAUUACCUGGCACCUGCGCUCUCCAUCUCCGAUCAGAGGAGACACCGUGCUGCGGAAACUUCCCCGCCUGAGUCUCCUUUUGGCACGGGGCAUCGUCGGUACCUCUUCGUCGGUGGCCCAGACUCUGACGGGCUGCUGGACUAAUGAGCUGGGGUCGACGGCGUACAUCAAGAAGGACGAGGACGGGACCCUGCGAGGCUUCUACAUUUCGGCAGUGUCCAGCGCUGAGACUCCGGUUGAAGGGGAACUAAUCGGAUUCCAGGUCGAUAUCGAGCAGCCGACCUUUGGGUUUGUGGUAAAGUGGACCUCAGAGGAGGUCCGGGGGGAUGUCUCAGUGUGGACUGGACAGAUGUUUGAAGACCAAACUUUGAAGACCAUGUGGUUAGCCCGAUCACAUUCCUCCGUCGACAGCAACUGGGAGGCGACCGUGACGGGGAUGGACGUGUUCACUCGUUAUAUCGAGAAGUGUGGAUCCACGGACGGAGACGGAAGUGAGCGGAAAUAUGACCCCAGCAAGGAAGGCUCGUAGGGGAGAUGGGGCGCCAGGUGCGAUGGGCACGGCUUCCGCUGCCUUUCAAUGUCUGUAAUCGGCCGAUAAAUCAUUAUAAAUCACAAUCUCAUUAAAAGAAACAUUUUAA